AUGGAGCCGCAAGGCUGGAUUGAACCAUCGCUUGCUAUGCAUUCGAGCGCGCAACCUCAGCAGCUCCAGCUCGAACACGAAUACGAAGUGGACCCCGCUCAGUUCCAGAUGCUCCAAGGCGGACGCGACCCUCAGAGCAGCCGCCACCCGGGAUACUCUGGUUACGGUCAUUCGUUUGGCAGUAGUCAAAUGUCAUAUACAUCGCAAGAGCAGCCAAUCCCGGACGCGUUCACGGGCGACUUCACCUACUCGAGCCAUGGGUUCGGCGCAGGAUCGUCGAGCUCCCUCCAGUCCUCCAGCCAUUCGGCGUUUCACGGGCACGGCAGUGCUCAGGUCGACCUCUACCCCUUCGGCAACCCACCCAACCCCAUCGCAUCAGGCAGCCAGCGCCCGAACUCCCGUGCGUCCCCGACAUACGGACGCUUUCAGCAACAAAUGGACAGCACGCAGCAGCUGUAUGCACCAUCUGUGCCCAUGCCAGGCCCGCAGGGGAGCCCCGACUUUCAAGCCAACCUCGCCUUCGGAGGGAUGCCGUACGACAUGCAGGGCGGGCGGGGCGCGACCAAGCGCAUGCGCUCGACGGGAGACGGGCUUGACGGCGACGACUAUGACGGCGAUGGGUUGUGGGACGACGGUAUGUCGCUUGAGCAAGAGCAGAAACCCAAGCCGCUGGGUGCGUGCGCGCGGUGCAAAGGCCUCAAGGUCAGAUGUGUCUUUUCGCGCGACAACGACGUCUGCGAACGCUGCACGAAGGGAAACCACGACUGCAUCAUCCCGGGGCGCAAGAAACGAAGACCACCCCCAAAACGCGAACACCUCAUCAACCAAAUAAGAGAACAAGCCGCACAGAUCUCAGACCUCAUGAGCAAGCUCGAGGAAGCGAACCGCAUCGCGUCUCGACGUAUGUCCGUGUCCAAGCCAGAUCGGCCCAUACCAAAUAUCUGCGACGAGGGCGCUGCGGCAAUUCUCGCAGCUGAGGAUCUCACAGGCGACGUGCCCGUGGCGUGCCCACCGACCGAGGGGGAUGUCGCGAACUGGAUCACGAACGCGCGUCGGUCCAUUGUGGAGCUCGGCAAGUACGUGAGCAUGGGCGGCGCCAGCGUGACCGUUGACAUGCUCGGCGACGAGGGCAACGACGAAGAUGGCACCGACGACGAGUACGAGUACGAGGACGAUGGCGAGGACGAUGAUGAGCGUUUCGCACAGAGCGACAGUCGCGCUGGCUCUGCUGGUAACGAGGCCGGACAGGGCGGCGGGUUCUCGCCUGCGAGCACGGCGAGUACGACGGACGUGGCGCCCGGGAGGAAGGGGUUAGGCAGCGGUGCCAAGCUGGCUAUCUUGCCGGAUGGGGACGCGCCUUUCGGGCUCAUGGCCAACCUUGCGCUCAGCAUGUCGCGAAGAGUGUCGCGGCGAGAGGCUGCGCCGGGCGCCGAGAAGGAAGAGGAAGUCGGGUUGGCAAACAAUGAUUAUUUCCGUCCGAGUCCCUCGCCGCAGGCACCCCUUGUCGACGAGCAGCUGCAGCCUCCUAUCAUGCGCAAUGGGAUUAUCCGUCCGGAUGAGGCCGAGAAGUUAUUCUCCAUCUACUUCGACUACAUGAAUGUCUCCGUCUCACUUCUCGAUCCAGUCCUCUAUACAGCGCAGAAGACCUACUGGCGCUCGCCAUUUCUGUUCACGACCAUAUGUGCCAUCGCUUCCAGACACUACUGCGCACGGCCGGAGCUUUACCAGGAGGCCAUGAAGUAUGCCCGUUUGGGUGCAGGCACCGCAUUGAUUGGAGGUCAGAAGUCGAUCGAGGCGGUUCAGGCAUAUAUUCUUCUCAGCUUGUACCCGGUGCCGGCACGGCGGUGGGAGGACGACAGGAGCUACCUCUACCUGGGUCUCGCCAUACGGAUGGCUACAGAUCUCAAGUUGCACUACCCGGUUACUGCUGCCAAAGGCGAGAACGAGCUACGGACGCGCGAGAUACUCAACCGGACAAGAACGUGGCUCAAUUGCUUCAACCUCGAUCGCUCAAUCGGUUUGCAGUACGGACAAAGUGCUGUGAUCAAUAACAAGGAUUACGUCGCGAAUCACACCGAUGACUGGUGGAAGAGCUCGCCGUACAACCUGCCGGGCUUCGAUAUUCACCUGUGCUGUUACAAGCCGGAGUUGGCCCUGUUGGCGGAUUUCCGUACGCGCAUAUGGAGCGACCCGGAGCAUCCUUCAGGGCUGAACAAGAACAUCGAUUUGGCCCAGAUAGCAAGCGAGACUGACGACCAGCUGGCCGCCCUUGAGGCGAGCUGGACGCCGAUUCUAUGCAAGGCCAAGACUGACGACCCUCAAUGCACCUUUCGCAUCGGGUUGUUGAGACUGGCUUACAGCUACUCUCGGCUCUCAGUAUUGUCGGUCGGCUUCCAACAUACAUUCGGCAAGGCGUCGUCAGAUACCGAGGUCCCAUUCCUCCGGCGCUGCUUGCGGGCAGCGAAGGACACGGUGUUGUCCGUCGUAGACCGCCUCGGCAUCCCCAGUCAAAUGGUCUACAUUCGACAUGGACCAGAAGCUCAAAGCGUCUUCGUGACAUUUGCGUCAGCGUUCCUUAUCAAGCUUUUGCAACCGAAAUACAGCGUGUAUCUUUCCAGGGAAGAGCGGGUAGAGAUCAAAGACCUGGUCCAACGUGUGAUCGAUCUCCUGGGCUCCCCUGAAGUGGCCAUUGAUGACCGACAUGGGCCCAAGCUUUAUGCGCGUUUCUUGCAAGGACUGCUUGCCACGCCUAUGGCUCGUAUCGAUCAUUCGCCAUCUUCGCUCAGGCGCGAUGCUGCGGCGUCGCGACGCUCCAAAACCACUUCGUCGACAGCAUCGUCGCCUUCUCACCCCAGCACGUCUACGCGACAAUCGAUGUCCCCGCCACCGGGAAGCACGAGCACUCAGUCUAGCCCGAAGCCACACACGCCGCCUCCAACAUUACCGCCGUCCACCUCCAACUCACCUGCGCCUCAUGGGUCACACCAGUUCACGUCGUCUCAGUCUGCGGCGUACAGUUUUGCUGCACCUGUGUCGCCGCCUCUCUUCUUUGAUUCGGAGCUUAUACAGUCCAUGCAGUCUAUCGACGUAUUUCCCGAUGUCGUUCUGCCUGGCUUCAACUGGAUGGGAUCUGAUCAAGCCUCAGCCAUUGCCCACCCCUAUUGA